AUGGCUCAAACUGGUAACCUCGGCUGCACCGUCAUGGCCAAGCCCCAGAACAACGGCGAGAAGAAGUUCACCGGCAACCUUGGCUGCACCGUCAUGGCUAAGCCCACCUCCGCGGAGAAGAAGUUCACCGGCAACCUUGGCUGCACCGUCAUGUAA